UUCACAUUUUAACAAUUAUUAUUAGACCAUGAACUUGUUAAAUUCACCAAUUGAAUACCUCCACCCGCGUAAGUUUACCUAUGCAAAUUCACCUGUGACGAAGGAAUGUGACACGUGUGGCCGGAUUAAUGUGUAAACAAAGUAUAUUGUUUCUAUUAUUUUCUAUGAAACACGUGGUAUCCAUAGAUGGGACAGAAAUAUCUACUUUUACUUUGCAAAUGAGGUGAUCGUACCUUGAUUUCACGCGUCUACCACGACAAAAUUGACCGUCAUGUAGUACAGAUAUGUGUAUAAGUGAAAAAGGUGAUGGGCCUAUUUGAUAUAGUUCACUUUACGGAGGCAUCGUUGGAGAAUAAAGACGACGAACCAUCAGUAUGGGCAUGCUUUGGAUUUUAUCCUAAAGAUGUUACGUACACACAACUUGUUUAUGAUGCCGUUUUGUAUGGCGAGCAUCUUCCCAAACCAAAGAAAGCCAUUGUUAAAUUCCGGAGAUUCAGAGCAGGAACGGAGCAGUUCUGGGAGCCUCGUUUAGAUUCAAAUACCCAUGCUGCUGGUGUAGCUAGUGCCUUUACAGAGAAAACUGGGGCGGGGAAAAUCAAUUUUGUUCAGCAGUAUCUUGCCCCCUUAAAAGGAUACUCUCGUUGGGAUAAAAUUUGUCGGAGUAUGAAACAGUACGAUUUUCGAGAUUUUAAAAAAGAUGAAAUAGUGCUAAUUGAACCUUUACUUUCGGAUACAAUGGUUUUCUUUGAAGGAGAUAUAAUUUUAGAUGCCUUUUCUCAUUUUUCAUUUAUAGAAGGAAAUCAUCAGUCUGUGAUCGCCAUAUUCAAAGGUGUAAAAAGUGGAAAUGAAUAUAAUUUACUAACUCCAAAAAUAUUACAGAAACAAAAAGAAAUUAAUGAAUUUUUCGACGACCAUAUUUGUAAUGAUUUGUGCAUUGGCUGGAGCAAACCGGAUGUCAAGAUAACCACAGAUACGCCAUUAUUUCAUAUACCUGCAUCCAGCGAACAUUUAAAACUACAACGACAAACAUCUGUACGAGUCCACGAACCCGGUGAACAUGCUUCACAGAUUAAAAUUCCACACCGCUCACCUGGUAUUUUGAGAAAUCCAUCUGCUCCACCACAGGAGCAAUCAUCGGCAUCUUCGUCGAAGAAAAAAGUGACCACUAUUAUGCAUGCCGUUUACGUCCAUGAAGAUCCAAAACCGGACGAAAGAGGAAGAAGGGGGGCAGUACUUAAAAAUGAUGAAAAAGUGAGACGAGGUUCGUUUAAAAAGCAAGACGAGAAAGAGAGGCGGGGGUCAAUUAAAAGAACAAGUGCACCAUAUGUUGACAAUGCCAUCCGAAAGGACCGAUCCGAUUCACAUGUUCAUGUUUUGAAAAGGACUAAUACUGAACAUAGUUCACCAAGUACAAAAAAUAAACCGGUAAGAGUUCAUACUAUGGACGUUCAAAAUGUUAGAAUGCCAAAAAAGAUGAACGCUCAAUCAACAGAAAAACCGGAAAUAAAGCCAAAACCCGAAAUCAAGCAAAAACCCGAAGUGAAACCAAAGCCUGAAAUCAAACCGAAACCAAAAUUAAAGAAACAAGAAAGGAUAGACAAGGAAAAUGAUGAUACAGUUACUGACGAUAAAUACGGUGUUCAUAAAAUGGCCGUACAAGAUGAACUCAGGUUGCGUUUCUCCAAGUUAGCAAAUAAAGAGAAACAAGACCCUAAGUUAAAAUUACAUGAAAAUCAAACUCAUGAAACUAAAAGUAUACAGAAUCCUCCUGAUAGAUUACCUAAAGUUGUGAACAAAGAACAAAUGUUCCCAAAAUCAAAUCUGAGUGAUCGGCCGACUGAACAAAUAAAUGAUACACAGGAAAGUCAACCGGAAAAAGUAAUCUUAGUACCUCAUUUAGAUAAGAAUGAGUCAGAAAAACUUUCAGACAAACAAGACCUCCCUAACACUUCAUUGCGGGAAUCUAAUAUACAUGUUAAUCCAUCCGGUAUUGCAGCAGCAGAAUCUCCGAAAUGCAAUGACAGUGUCAGUGAAAUCAAAGUAAAGUCUAAAAAAUCUCUGCGGAAACAGGCUACAUUAGCCUCUUAAUGAAAGGACUAUAUAUUUACAUACCAGUAUUAUUUAGAUACAAUAUGCAAUUGUUCUAUAAUUACAAAUCUAUUGGUCUGUUAUUGUCUCCAAACUUGUAACGUCUUUGUCCAGAUAGGCGAUUUAAGUGAUGCUUAAUAUUUACUGCGAAAUUCUUAGUAAACCAGUGUUUUCAAACGGAUAAUGGAGACAUGCAUAUUUUAUUUGUUUUUUUGUUUUAAUCAAACAUAUUUUCAUGAAACAAUUGAAUGUUUAUAUAGACCUUAUAUAAACAUUAGAUGAUGUGGUAUGGUUCGCCAAUGAGCCAACUAUAUCCAUCAGAAACAAAAUUAACGUAUAGCUGUAGAGAACAUAAGUUCAGCUUUCAGUCUACAACAAUAUAUAUUGUACAACAACCAUAGCUGUAUUGUCAGGAAUUGCAUAUUAUAUACUUGACCUAACGGACACCUUCAAUUUGAGUUUUUAAUUCUUGUGACAGUCAACACUGUCUCAAAGGUACAUAAGUAUGAGAUUUGCAACAGGGCAAGGGUCAUAACUGAGCAGCAGUUGAAGCUAUAAAUCUGAAAACCGUAGCACCAUGGCAUUGUUUAACAGACAAAGUCAAGUCAUGUUUAUGCUCUCCAGCAUUUUAAGUCAUUCCCUUCCUACUGUGACAUAUGUCGCUGAUGAUGACCACCGUAUCUGAAUUAAUUAAUUUGAUUUCGAAGUUAGCUUUUCCGUAAUCAUCAGGCCUAAAAGACUUUUCCAGCAGAUCGCCGGGUUGUCUCGUUGGUGUGCCGGGAUUAUCGCUCAUCAUUUUGGUGUCGCCUCGAUGACCAUGUAUGCUGCUAUAAUAGCCCAUCAGACAACCGUACAAAACAGCAAAACACGAACCUCUCAUUAGUUAAAUGCCCAUCCCUUGGCGGUCAUUGUGUAAGCGUUAUGAUUUUGUAUCGUCUGAAAACACUUGUAAUGAACCAUUGGGAAAGAAGUGUCUGAUAUAUUCAGAAUCAUAUUAGAUACAUAGAAAAUCUUUGACAGAAACAGUAGGCGUAUUUUUCUUUUAAUUUUAAGCAGUAAAUUAAGAAAAAAAUAUAAUUGUAUCACAUAUAUAAUUAUAACAAAUAUACAGUAAUUGUCCAUUGUAUGAAUUGUGUGGAUUUUUGUUUCGGGUUAUAAAGUUUAAAACUUAUCAGCAAAACAUAUACAAGUUUAAUUUCAAAUCAGGGCCAGGUAAAUUUAUUCCGAGAAACCUUUACUAUCGGUUUUAGAAGUUGAAUUGUUUCCCAAAAACAUUGUUUUGUACUAAUCUGGAUCCAAUUAUCGCAGUAAUCUAAAAUGUUUAUAUAGACACGAAACACAUUUAAAACUAGUAA